AUGAUUUUCAGUAAUAAAUAAAUUAUAUUAAUAAGAAUAAAACAUUUGUAGAUAUGCAAUAACUGAAAGAAAUGUGUUAUCUGUGACAUCUCACCCAUUUAUAGUCAAAUUAAGAUAUGCAUUUUAGACAGAAGAUAAAUUAUUUAUGAUUUUAGAUUAUUGUCCUGGAGGAGAUCUUGGGAUGCUUCUUUGUAAAAUUCAGAGGUUUCCUGAAGAGAUUGUAAAAUUAUAUAUUUGUGAAAUAAUUUUGGCUUUGGAGGAUCUUCAUAAAAGGAACAUAAUAUUUCGUGAUUUAAAACCAGACAAUAUCUUACUUGAUGCAGAAGGACAUGUAUUAUUAACUGAUUUUGGAUUAUCUAAGGAGGGAAUACAUAAUUCAAAUUAAGGAGCAAAAUCAUUUUGUGGUUCUGUUGCUUAUUUAGCUCCUGAAAUGAUUAAAAGAUAAGGCCAUGGAAAAGCUGUAGAUUGGUAUUUACUAGGAGUAGUAAUGUAUGAAUUGUUGUCAGGGUUGCCUCCUUAUUAUACAAAUGAUAGAGAUGCGUUAUUUUAUAAUAUUGAAAAUGCCAGUCUAAAAAUACCUUAAUUCAUUUCAAUUGAAUGUAGAAACUUAAUAAGAUCAGUAAUUUAGAUUGUUUAUUUUAGUUAUUGGAGAGAAAUCCUACUAGACGUUUGGGAUCAGGAUAAGGAGACUCAUAGGAAAUAAAAGCUCAUCCAUAUUUUGUAGAUGUAGAUUGGAAAAGAGUAUUAAAUAGAGAACUUUAAAUGCCAAAACCAGAUUAUAGUUUAAAAUUAAAACAUAUAGGAGAAUAGAAUAUUUUUGAAUUGUAGAAUUGUAUGGAUUUUGAGUAAUCUCAUAUUAAUGGAUGGUCAUAUGUUCAAACAGAAUGA